UAGACGCGCCUAAAAUACUGGAAGAUUUAAUAAAAGUUGAGGGUUGAAUCUUUAGUAUUACUCGUGAACAUUUAUCAAGUCAACUAAAUUUCAGGAUGGCAUCAAAUAGAGCAACAAAAUCUGGAUUUGCCGCUGAGGCUGCCGAUAAAAUAUCCAAAAAAUAUGACGAAGGUGAGGCUCAACAAGCCUUGGAGUGGUUGAAGGGUAUUUUAUCAGAUAAUGGUAUGGAAGGUCCAACUAAUACAUCAGGUUCUCAAGAUAAUGUUUAUGAACAAUUAAAAGAUGGUUUGUAUCUUUCAAGAUUAGCUAAUGUUUUACACCCUGGUUGUGUUAACUCUAGUAAAUUACAAACUGCACAAAAAUUAGCCUUUAAACAAAUGGAAAUGAUCAACAUUUUCCUUGCGAAAGCAGUAGAAUUUGGUGUCCCAGCUACAGAGUCUUUUCAAACUGUGGAUUUAUUUGAGAGAACAAAUUUACAUCAAGUUAUAUUAUGCCUGAGUUCCACAGCUAGAAAGGCAAAAGCAAAAGGCAUGAGAGGCUAUGGUCCCAAAGAAUCUGAAGCCAAUAUUAGAAAUUUUUCUGAAGAACAGUUGAAAGCUGGUCAAAAUGUAAUUGGUCUUCAAAUGGGAAGCAAUAAGGGAGCUACCCAAGCUGGUCAAAACUUUGGUAAAGGUCGAAUGAUUAUGGAUUAGGUGAAAGACAUUUUAUGAACUGUAAAGCUAUUAUCCUUUGAAAAACCUGCAUAAUGAUAUACCACACCCAUUUCAGUGAUCAGAUUUGUUUUAUUUUUGUGGCCUUGAUGCAAGCUUUCCAAAUAAAACCUCACCAAUUUACUAGAUACAUCAUAUGCAAUUAGUUGGGUAGAUAGUAAAUCAAGCAAUGAUAUCAAUCCUUUGUUUUUUUACAUUUACAAAUUUUUAAAGAAAUUUUCAGAAAUGUUAUUUGUUAAACUGUUGAUACUCUUUUAUUAUAAGUAUAAUAAGUUUCCAUGACAUAAGAGAGCAUUCUUAAUGUUUGUUAUAUUUCAAAAGUUGUUAAGAUGUUAAAUAUUUUUUAAAAGGGGAAAUGGGACCAAUCAUAAAUAAUAUUUUUUCAUAAUUUGACUAUACUUCCAUUAGUUGCUUAAAAUGUUUUGGCAUAUUUUUUUACCAAAAUAAUUAGUUUAUAUUAUUUUUUUGUUUCUUUGAAAUAAAGGUUUAAGUAGAUUCAUAUGGUUGACUUGUUAUUUUGGCAUCAAGUGAUAUUUUGUCUAUUGAUUGAAAUCAAAGAUUUCAUAUAGAUGAAAUAAACCUGUUUAAUAUUUCUUAACUGAAAAACGGAAUAGUUGCCAUGUGUGAUAGUUCAAUUUCAUCAUAAUGGGCCAUCUGUUGGUUAAUAGAUCAGAUAAAUCACAUUUUGUCUAUAGACUAGAAGAGUAAAUUAGUUCUAAAUGCACAGAUUGCUAAUAUGUUAUAUUUACUAUUUUUUAAAGCCAAUGUUCAU